AUGCACGCCUCAACGUCAACUAUCCUUAAUGUCUUCCUGUCCCUGGGGCUGGGCGCCGCCCAGAUCAUCCCUCACCAGCCCAGGAGUGAAAUGAUAGAGCCUCCGGUGGCGAGGAACGCUCCCGCGCCCGCCACGCCGGUGAUGGCCGACCCGGCCGCCGCUGCCGCAGCUGAGGCAUCAGGCGCACCAGCAGCAGGAGGAGGUGCGGGCGCCGGAGCCGCCGGCGGGACGAUGAACGCCCUCUGUGCCCAGGGCACCAUCCUCGCGCAGGGCAUCGCGCUCAACAUCGCGGACCAGCAGCAGGAGCUCACCACGGCCAACUCGCUCGCGACGAUCCUGGCAGCCAACCCGGUGGACACGGCGGCGUACACGUCCGCGAGGACUGACCUGCUCAAGUUCAUCAACAACGGCAUCGCCAUCCGCGAGAUGAACCAGCUCAUCACCCCGUCCGAGAACCAGGCCACCGCCGGCAUCGCCACCGUCGCCAACGCGCAGCUCACCGAGCUGGGCCUGGCGAACAACCUGACCGCCCAGGGUGGCGACAACGUCCCAGGCAACAUGCAGAUCGUGCAGACGCUGCAGAUGGACUUCAUGGGCGGCAUCCAGCAGAACAUGAAGAACAUGGCCGCUGCCAUGUCUGCCUGUGCUGGUAUGGCGGCCCCGGCGGCUCCGGCCGCGCCCGCUGCUGCGCCUGCGGCACCCCAGGCAAUGAACCCGGCCCCAGCGGCAGGUGGAGGAGAGACAGCGGCUCCCAAACAGAAUGCUACCUCUACUACUUCUUCAUCGGGCGCGAAGGGGUCUGGGGCAAAGGGGUCUGGAGGUGCCAAAGCAGGCAAGUUCGUCACCAGAGAGGUCGACCUCCAGAAUGAGCGCCCUAACCUCGCCUCGAGGUCGGCCAAGUUCGUCGCAUAA